CGUCAUUACUGGGCUUCUAUUUUCCUCUUGUUCUUGUUCUUGUUAUUUUUUGUCUGAAAGUUUUCAAAAUGAAAAAGUUUAUAAACGCUACAGUCAUUUUAUCUUAUUCUUUCAAUCUACUCUACGAAUAACUAUCAUAGUACCAUUACUUGAAAUCCAGAACUGACAGCAGUAUCACCAAAAUUACUGGUUAGAAAGGAGAUAUGUGAGCUGCAUUUCCAACAGCAGGAUAUUCUAUCCAGUGAACGUCUCAUGAGAGAUGCAGUACCGCAGGUCUACGCUUACACUGAAAGUCAUCCAGGCCCAUUGACAAGCACAAAUAGCCUAGAUACUAUGCCUGGAAAUAGAUGCGUAUUCAGGAAUUGUUCCAACAUUCGCACAAAAGGAUUGAAAAUGUUCACCUUUCCCCGGGAUAUUUACACAGCAAAUAUCUGGGUGGCCAACUCAGGAAAUGCAGAACUGAUCGCAUUAUCACCAGAAUUACUUGUUAAAAAGGUGAUAUGUGAGCAGCAUUUCCAAGAGAAGGAUAUUCUAUUGAGUGGACGUCUCAUUAAAGAUGCAGUACCGCAGGUCUACUCUCACACUGAAAGUGAUCCAGGCCCAUUCACAACCACAAAUAGCCUUGAUACUAUGCCUGGAAAUAGAUGCGUUUUCAGAAAUUGUUCCAACAUUCGCACAAAAGGAUUGAAAAUGUUCUCCUUUCCCCAGGAUAUUGACACAGCGAAGAUCUGGGUGGCCAACUCAGGAAAUGCAGAACUAAUUGCAUUAUCUCCAGAAUUACUUGUUAAAAAGGUGAUAUGUGAGAAGCAUUUCCAAGAGAAGGAUAUUCUAUCGUGUGGACGUCUCAUUAAAGGUGCAGUACCGGAGGUCUACCCUUUCACUGACAGUGAUCCAGAUCCAUUCGCAAACAUUAACUCAUCUAGUCCUGCUUCUCCUCGUUUCAACCACACAUUGGCGUCACCAAAUAAACAUGCUGCAAAAAAAUCUGAGCUUCUACCAUCUCCAUCGAUGGCGGACACUGUUGUUGUGAAGGAGGAGGAUGAAAGCUGCCAAGAACCAGCCCCAGAGUGCAGCACUGGCACUGUUUGUUCGCAAAUUGAUAAUGACGUUGAUCAACCACAAGCAGACAUUGACUUUUCUCAAACAAAUGCAUCAACGGAUGAGUGUGUGAUACCGGCAGUUGAUAGCAGUCAAGAACCAGCCCCAGAGUGCAGCACUGCAUGGAAUCCAAACGAACUCGAUGUUGUUGAUUCUGGCCUGCAACGUUUCUUGCAAGUAUUCAUCAAAGGAGAAUUGAAUGAUCUACAAAAGGCAGGAGAAUGCUUGGAGGAAGUUGAAUGCAGCUCAAUCGACCCUCUUGAUAUAACAGAAAUGAAGACAGUUGCAGUGAAGGAGAAAGAUAGCAGCCAAAAACCAACGCCAGGGUGCAGCACUGCAUGCUCUCCUAAUGAUGAUGAUGAUGACUUCAUUUCCUUUCAAGAUCUGUGUCUGGAGUACUUCAGAAAAGAAGCGCAUGAUCUUAAAAAGGCAAGAGAAAGAUUGGAAGACGUUGAUUGCAGCUCAUCUGGCCACGUUGAUGCAACAGAAGAAGGUGAAAGUGAACCAAACAUGCAUGACGCCCGUGCAGCGAUGCAAAACUGCUCGAAUGAUGCGGAGGCUACAAGUGAUAGCUGUGCGCAAUGUAACUAUCAAUCUCCCCAGUUCACUAUGAAACACUUUUUGAACCACAAUGCAAAGAAAUUUUUCAAUCUUGAAUCAUUUAGUACAAGUGAUUUCAAAAAAAGUAUUGAGACAUGUAACGGCGAAAAAAAAUUAUUUUGUGAAUUUUGUAAAGGUAAAUUAAAUAAGUCAAGUAAAGUGAAAAGUCGUCUCCGAACUCAAAAUGUAGAUAAAGAACAGACAUAUAGCGGCGAUAAACAUAUCUGUGUACUCUGUAAACGUAAAUUAAAUAAACUGAAAAGUCAUCUCCGACGUAGAUUGGAACGUCUUCUCCGAGCUCAAAUUGCACGUAACAAACCAAAACGUACGGCCGAAAAGCAUUUCUGUUGUGAAUUCUGUAAAUCUAAAUUUAGUGAUUCAAGUUAUUUUAAAAGACAUCUCCGAACUCAACAUGCUGAUAAGAAACCUUUCUGUUGUGAACUGUGCGACUACAAAUGCUCUGAUCCAAAAUUUUUGAAAGAUCAUCUCAAAACACAUAAAGAUGAAAAACCUUUCUCUUGUGAAUUUUGUGACCGUAAAUGCAAGAGUGCAUAUUUAUUGAAGGCCCAUCUCCGAACACAUACAGGAGAAAAACUGUGUUGUGAACUGUGCGACUUUAAAUGCUCUGCUCCAAGUUAUUUAAGAAGUCAUCUCAAAAAACAUACGGGCGACACAAUCAUUUGUGAAAUUUGUGGAUUUAGAUGCACCGAAUUGAGUAGUUUGAGAGGUCAUCGCAAAACACAUUCAGACGAAAAACCUUUUAGCUGCAAAUUUUGUGAAUUCAACUGCAAAGAUUCAUUGGCUCUGAAAAGACAUAACAGAACACAUACAGACAAAAAACCUUUCAGCUGUGAACUGUGCGAAUUCAAAACCUCUCAACAAUCAUAUUUGAAAAAGCAUUUGAAAACACAUACAGGCGAAAAACCUUUCAACUGUAAACUCUGCGACUAUAAAUUCAGACGGUCAUUCCACUUAGCAGCUCAUAUGAGGACGCAUACAGGUGAAAUGCCUUACAGCUGUAAACUCUGUGACUUCAGAUGCGCUCAGAUUGGUAGUAUUCAAUAUCAUUUUCGCAAGCAUCAUAAAGAUGAAGAUCACAGUAAACUCUAUGACUAUAAAUGCUCUACAAAUUAGACUGGCUGUUUGCAGUAUGAUCUUCGCAGGAUUCAUAAAGAUGAAUUAAGGAAAGUUCAUGAAAGAAUUACUCAAUUCAUUUUACUGAUAUAAAGCUGAAGAGCGUUCUGCUACUCACAUCCACAGAAUUCACGAUCUUGUGUAGAUAAUUGGCUUGAAGCAUUAUGAAAAAUUAUACCUAAUAAUGGCAAUGUUUCUUUCAGAGAUCGUAAUGAUUUUAUUAAACUCUAGACACUUGACAAUUCAAAGUAACUAAAGAAAAGAAAAUACAAUACCUUGCCUUUUAGUGUAAAAUUUUGUAAAUUUCGCCAAAACAAUAUAAUUUGAUGUCUAUGUGAAUACUUGCUGUACAAAUUUAAAUCUCAUCUUCCACUUGAAGGGAAAUAGAAAUAAAUGUCUAGCCAAUCCUAUUUUGUGAAGUAAAUUGAAACAAUUUUUAUUUUGCACUGAAACGUUAAAAAAUAAUAAACUGAAAUCAUGUUGUAUCUUAUUGAAAAAAUAUGAAAUUGAAAAUAACUUUAUUCAAAUACCUGUUAAUAUUACAAUCAAAUAGUUAUCAAGAACUUUCACACCUCUCUAAAACCUUCUAAACUUGUAAGCUAUUUUUGUCAAGUACCUAGCCGAAACUAUUCUGUCUAAUAGUGUUGUAUUUUUCUAACACAAAUAGAUUAUCUCCAGUUUCUAGUAGUAAUGAGUUUAAAAGUCUUCAUAACACAGCUAGAAUAAAAUCUUAUACUGUCAUGAAAUUCAGGAAUGUGUUUAUAUUCAUAACCAAACUAUUUUAUCUUUUCAUUCACUAAUUAAGUCUUAUAACUCACCUAAAUUUGCAACAUAAACUACCUAUACCAUA